UCUCAUCAUUCACUUCCCCAUGCUAAGGUCAUAUUUGUUUGGUUUCUUCCUUGUUGUUUUGUUCUGGCAACAUGGCAGUGCUUAUAAUGGUACAGGGGUACCGAAGUAUAAUAUUUCUGAUCGUCUUGGAUAUGACAAGUACUCUUUCCUGAUCGAUGGUGAAAGGCAGUAUAUCUUCUCAGGAUCAUGGCACUACUGGAGACUCCCUAGCCCUAGCUUAUGGAGAGACAUUUAUGAGAAAUAUAGAGCAGCUGGCUUCAACACCGCCACUAUGUAUUUCAACUGGGACUACCAUUCACCCAAAUCGGAGGUUUACAGUUUCUUUGGAGUUAGAGACGUGCAAAAGGUGUUAGAAAUGGCGAAAGAAGCUGGCAUUUAUGUCAUAGCAAGACCUGGACCUUAUAUAAACGCAGAAACAAAUGCUGGAGGGUUUCCUGGUUGGCUAGUUGAUAUAAAGGGAAGAGCUCGAUCGGCUGCGCCAGAUUAUACUGCAGCAUGGGAACAAUGGUUCCGAGCUAUUCACUCGCAAAUGGUUCCUUGGCAAUAUACUACCAAUGGUACUAUCAUUAUAGAUCAGAUAGAAAAUGAAUACUCAAAUGGUGACUUGAUCCCCGAAUAUAUGGAACUUCUUGAGCAGAAGACAAGGGAACAAAACAUUACUGUUCCACUAUCGUUUAAUGAUGCCUCUCCCAGUGGUCACUGGGCAAAGGGACCAGGCGCCGUAGAUAUGUACGCUAUUGAUAAUUAUCCACAAGGAUUUACAUGUUCAGAUUAUACAUAUAUGGGAUCGUUAGAUGACUUCAGACUUUACCACCAUGAGUUCAAUCCUACCGAGCCCCUGUAUCUUUCUGAAUUCCAGGGAGGUUCCUUCAAUCCCUGGGGAGGUACUGGUUUCGGAGAUUGUUACAAGCUAACCUCCUCGAAAUUUGAAAAGAUAUUUUAUAAAUCUAAUAUUAUUCAAGGCGCUUCUCUUCAAAACUAUUACAUGACAUACGGUGGCAGUACCUGGGGCUGGUUGCCAUUUCCAGAGGUAUACACAUCAUAUGAUUACGGUGCUGCUAUUUCUGAGGCUCGUCAACUAACCGAAAAAUAUCAAACCCAGAAACUUUUGGGCUAUAUGCUAGAAACUGUGAAGCCGAUAACCAAAACUGAAUGGCUCACAAAUGCAUCGAUUGGUAACUCAGAUCUUACCCUCGAAGCCAGGGUAAACCCUGAUACAGGAACCCAAUUUCUCUAUAUCCGCCAAAACGAUUUGACUUCAACAGCACAGCAACUCACAAAUAUAACAUUUAGUGGUAUUGGAGGGAAAUACACUGUUCCUCAGAAAAAGAAUACAUCUAUUGUUAUUAAUGGACAAACAGCGAAAAUUCUAUUGGCAUUCUAUUCUACAGAAGACUUCAACAUGGUUUAUUCAACUACUGAGCUUAUGUAUCAUUCAAAGGUGGACAAACAACAUGCCCUUAUAUUCUAUGCAGAAAGGAAUGAAUUUGGAGAAUUGGUCUUGAAAUUUUCUUCCAAACCAAAUGUCCAUGUCCUUCAGGGAGCAGCAGAAAUUAGUUGGGAUGCUGAUACGAGACACUUACGACUCAACUAUGUUCUUGAAAACGAAACAAGGGUUAAGGUAGAAGAUAAUAAUACGUCUUUGUUAUUGGUAUUUGCAACAGAAGGUCAAGCUCACCUAUAUUGGAGGCAGUAUGCUCAAAAUGAGACUGUCAUCGUCAGAGGGUCAUAUCUUUUAAGAUCAGCUGAGUUUACAACUUCCCACAAAGUGUCUCCGUUAGGACCACCAACUCCUGGACAACCUCCAGUUGGAGUUCCCCCCGUAGGUCCUCCAACUCCUCCUCAUCCUUCCAGUCCUUCAGAAGAAAAGAAAUAUCUUAUGCUUCGAGGGGAUACUAGUGAGGAGACAGAAAUCGAGAUAUUUACUUCUCCAGUUGACGGCAUAUAUUGGAAUGGAGAACCACUUAAAAUUAUCAAGACAAAUAGUUACUCUUACGUUGCCAAAGUACCUGGGCCUCGACAGGUUACUUUACCUACUCUUAAUAACUGGAAGUGGAAGAUGGAAACUUUUGAGAAAUAUCCUAAUUUUGACGACUCUAACUGGGUCUUAGCAAAUAAGACCACAACGAAUAACCCAACGAAACCUGUAACUUUACCAGUUCUUUAUAUGGAUAGUUAUGGUUUUCACUUUGGUGAUGUAUGGUUCCGAGGUCAUUUCAACUCGUCUGGUCAAGAACAGGGAAUUACUUUAGAUGGGGAUGGAGGAGAAAAUGGAAUCUAUUCUGUUUGGUUGAACGGAGAAUUCCUUGGUUCGACAAGUGGCAAGAAAUUUUUUGCGUUUCCGUCAUCCACACUGACUAGUAAGGAAAAUGUUAUUGCCAUAUUGUUAGAGAACAUGGGCCAUAAUGAGGACUAUGAUGCUAAUGAUGACUACAAGAGACCAAGAGGCUUUAUUGAAGCGCAACUUGUGGGGUCCUCUUCUAACAUUACCUGGUAUAUUCAGGGCAAUAUUGCUGGCGAGGAUAUUGUCGACUUUGUCAGAGGGCAAGUGAAUAAUGGCGGAUUAUAUGGAGAACGUCAUGGAUGGUAUCUUCCAGGAUAUCCAGAUCAGUCUUGGAAGCAAGUACAACUACCAUAUCGAGUUAAUGAAGCUGGAGUUCAAUGGUAUCGCACACAUUUCUCAUUAAAUUUGCCGGAUGAUCACGACAUUCCUAUUGGGGUGCGAAUUAUUGACAAAGAAUAUUACCGUUAUCGAGCUUUAAUCUUUGUAAACGGUUGGAUGAUGGGACAUUACAUUAAUUAUCUUGGGCCGCAACAUUUGUUCUAUGUACCUGCCGGCAUCUUAAAGAAUCACCAACGGAAUGACAUUGCAAUAGCUGUUUGGAAUGAGGAUUCUACCAAUGGAGGAUUAGGAGAAGUCAUUUUGGAAAGAUAUGGCUCCUAUCGCGGUGGAGUUCCUGUUGAAGACGUCUAUAGCCCAACGUAUCAAGAGUUCGAACAGUGUAAGACUUGCCAGUUCCACAAUUGCAAGGCUACGGGCAUCGACUGCAGUAAAUGUUUACAAUGCAAUUGCAACUGUUCAAAAUGCGACUUUACGGACGGUUAUUGUUAUCUUCGAUGUGGUUGCAACAACUGAAGCCAUUCCUUCAUUGGAAUCCUUUCAUUUGUGUUUGGUCUCAAUAAACCUAUUUGUUUGUGG